AUGGAAUGGAUCUUUGGAUUACCGCGCGGCGGUCUCUGGUACUAUCUUAGGUCGAAAGAGAACGUUAUCCAUCUCAGGAAGGAUAUCCGUGACAUGUAUCGGCGCGGCGACUUCGUACUGGCUCCGACCUUUGGCGAGACCGCGAAGGCAUUAGAGUACUUGGCAAGCCCGGGCAUCAAGAAUCGCGAUGAAGAUGACACGACGCCUCGUCGUCCUCUAUCGGCGCUCUCUCGCCCUGACGGACUCUUUCGCUAUGUCUUCAUCCCCGUCAGCAAAGCCGGCUGGGAACUUCGAAAGCAGUUCAAUUUCCAGCGGCAGACAAAGGAAGACCUCAAUGGUGGUGUUCGCCCGGAUAGUGGCAAACCCAUACUGCCCGGCUCCGAAGACUUCCCCGUGGUCGAGUGCUACGUGCACCCCUUCUCGGUGGCCUCCUUUGCGGACGAGACGCUCAACAGGGUACACGCAACAGUCCUCAGCGGGCAGUACAGCAGCCUGGCCUACUUGAUUAUCGACGAAUGGACCCGUCCGACCAACAACUAUGCGCCGCAGUGGUUCAUCAAUGAGCCAACCUACGACUACGACGACUCCACCUUGUCUGCCACCGAGGCCAACGGCUACAUCCUGCUCGCGCCUAGUUCCGACGCGUGCGCGACGCGCAGGCCCACGAGCGUCUCACGUGACCCGUCCGUUGAAGACGACGACGACGCCGACGCCGAUGAUGACGACGACGGAGACAUGAACGAGGUCUGCCACUGGUUCACCCAGUACAACCCGAAAGCAAAGCCGCCGCACGACGCGUCGCGCUCGCCCGUCAAAGUCCGCCGCUCCCGCCGCCUGCAGGAAAAGAUGGGCUUGACGCCGCCGCCAUCGCCUGGCGAGAGCGAACCACCUCUGUCUCCCGUUCGUCGGGGCCCGCUUCGCCCUCGCGACCCCGUUCGGUGCCCGCCGGCGUGGGCGAGGCGGAAUGUGCGGUUUCCUACGCACAGGUUCACGAGCAACGACUGGGCGUAUUUUCGCUAUCAUGUUGCACUCGCGAGCUCUAUCAAGCCUACGCCGCCACCUCGAAAGCGCUCGUCUCGCUCUUCGCGUACGACCUAA